GGAGGGCGGGCCGGCAGAAGGACCCGGGAGCCGCCCCGGCUCGGAGAGGCCCGGGUUCGGGCGAGUCUGCAGGAAAACCCUUCCCCCGGGCGCGCCGAGGCGGCCGCGGCAGCGGCGGCGGCGGCGGGGAGGUAGCAAAGGGCGGUGCGACACCGCCCCCGGGGCGGGCCCCGUGCGUGGCAGCCGGACCGCCAGCCCCGUCGCGAAGUUUCCAGCCUGCGAGCGCCGCCGGGCCGGCCGGACGUCUCCCCAGACCCCGGCCAUGCGGCCGCUGCUGCUCCUGGCCCCGCUGGGCUGGCUGCUCCUGGCCGAAGCGAAGGGCGACGCCAAGCCCGAGGACAACCUAUUAGUCCUCACAGUGGCCACGAGGGAGACUGAGGGGUUCCGGCGCUUCAAGCGUUCAGGCCAGUUCUUCAACUACAAGAUCCAGGCACUGGGCCUGGGGGAGGACUGGAGUGGGGAGAAAGGGUCAUCGGCUGGCGGAGGGCUGAAGGUUCGGCUCCUGAAGAAAGCUCUGGAGAAGCAUGCGGACAAGGAGAACCUGGUCAUUCUCUUCAUAGACAGCUAUGACGUGCUGUUUGCGUCGGGGCCUCGAGAGCUCCUGAAGAAGUUCCGACAGGCCAAGAGUCAAGUGGUCUUCUCGGCUGAGGAGCUCAUCUACCCAGACCGCAGGCUGGAGGCCAAGUACCCAGCCGUGUCCGACGGCAAGAGGUUCCUGGGCUCUGGAGGCUUCAUCGGUUAUGCCCCCAACCUCAGCAAACUGGUGGCCGAGUGGGAAGGCCAGGACAGCGACAGUGACCAGCUCUUUUACACCAAGAUCUUCUUGGAUCCAGAGAAGAGGGAGCAGAUCAACAUCACCCUGGACCACCGCUGCCGUAUCUUCCAGAACCUGGAUGGAGCCUUGGAUGAGGUUGUGCUCAAGUUUGAGAUGGGCCACGUGAGAGCGAGGAACCUUGCCUACGACACCCUCCCAGUCCUGAUUCAUGGCAAUGGGCCCACCAAGCUGCAGCUGAACUACCUGGGCAACUAUAUCCCGCGCUUCUGGACCUUCGAGACGGGCUGCGCUGUGUGUGACGAGGGCCUGCGUAGCCUCAGGGGCAUUGGGGAUGAAGCUCUGCCCACAGUCCUGGUGGGCGUGUUCAUCGAACAGCCCACACCGUUCCUAUCCCUGUUCUUCCAACGGCUCCUCCGCCUCCGCUACCCCCGGAAGCAGAUGCGGCUUUUCAUUCACAACCACGAGCAGCACCACAAGGCUCAGGUGGAGCAGUUCCUGGCAGAGCAUGGCGGCGAGUACCAGUCCGUGAAACUGGUGGGCCCCGAGGUUCGGGUGGCCAACGCUGACGCCAGGAACAUGGGCGCGGACCUGUGCCGGCAGGACCGUAGCUGUACCUACUACUUCAGUGUGGACGCCGACGUGGCCCUGACUGAGCCGAAAACCCUGCGCCUACUGAUCGAGCAGAACAAGAACGUCAUUGCCCCAUUGAUGACCCGCCAUGGGAGGCUGUGGUCGAACUUCUGGGGUGCGCUGAGUGCGGAUGGCUACUAUGCCCGUUCUGAGGACUACGUGGACAUUGUGCAGGGCCGGCGCGUGGGCGUCUGGAAUGUGCCCUACAUCUCGAACGUCUACCUGAUCAAGGGCAGCGCCCUGCGGGGUGAGCUGCAGCAGACAGACCUGUUCCACCACAGCAAGCUGGACCCUGACAUGGCCUUCUGUGCCAAUAUCCGGCAGCAGGACGUGUUCAUGUUCCUGACCAACCGGCACACCUUUGGCCACCUGCUCUCCCUGGACAACUACCAGACCAGCCACCUCCACAACGACCUCUGGGAGGUGUUCAGCAACCCCGAGGACUGGAAGGAGAAGUACAUCCACGAGAACUACACCAAGGCCCUGGCGGGGAAGCUGGUAGAGAUGCCUUGCCCAGAUGUCUACUGGUUCCCCAUCUUCACGGAGGCGGCUUGUGACGAGCUGGUGGAAGAGAUGGAGCAUUAUGGCCGGUGGUCUCUGGGAAAUAACAAGGACAACCGCAUCCAGGGCGGCUACGAAAACGUGCCGACCAUUGACAUCCACAUGAACCAGAUCAGCUUUGAACGGGAGUGGCACAAGUUCCUGGUGGAGUACAUCGCCCCCAUGACGGAGAAGCUCUACCCCGGCUACUACACCAGGGCCCAGUUUGACCUGGCCUUUGUUGUCCGCUACAAGCCGGAUGAGCAGCCCUCACUCAUGCCGCACCACGAUGCCUCCACCUUCACCAUCAACAUCGCCCUGAACCGGGUUGGCGUGGAUUACGAGGGCGGGGGCUGUCGCUUCCUGCGCUACAACUGCUCCAUCCGAGCCCCACGGAAGGGCUGGACCCUCAUGCACCCCGGGCGACUCACGCACUACCACGAGGGGCUCCCCACCACCAGGGGCACCCGCUACAUCGCCGUGUCCUUCGUCGAUCCCUAAUCGGCCAGGCCGGGCCACCUCGGACCUCUUCCUCUUUGCCAACAACCACUGCCCAGCAGCCCUCUGGGGCCUCGGGGUCCCAGCCUCCAGGCUGUUGACCUCCACUGCUCUUGGAGCCACCGUCGGAGAGCUUCGGCCACGAGCCAGAGGCGGAGCACACCUCCUUGGCUGGGGCUCUCCUGGUGCUCUGGACCCAGCCCAGGGAGACACUGUUCGUGUUCAUUGCUUUGUAGCAACUUGUUCUUUCCCACCCGGCUUCCUGAAAAUCCCAGUCUCUUCCUCUGCUUCUUCCGUGGGUGGGCCUUGAGCAGAACAGGGGCUUAGCCAGCUGCCCAGAGAGGUCCCAGGGGCGGAAAGGCAGCCCCGGAGCUUCUCCCAGGCCGAGCUGCAGCCCCAGGACCUCUGCUCCAGGCUGCGGGGCAGACACAGAGACCUGGAUCAGAUUCAAGCCCCCUCCCCGUCCCCAGAGACCGCUGAAGCCCCUUCCUCCAUGGCUUCUGUCAUGGGAGCAGAACGUUGUUCCCCGGAGAUGAUGACUCAGAAAAUCUCCUGGGAGACGGGAGAGGUAGCGAUGUUACAGCUUCAUCCUCUGUGUGGGGGGGAGGGAAUGAGACGCCCAUACACUGCAGUGCGUCACCCUGUCCUGGAUGCCUCCGGAGAGAGGGACGGACGGUCAGAAACAGGAGAGUUUCUAUUAAAGGUCAUUCAAACCACA